AAAUAUAUAUUAUGUCAUCGAAAUCACCGUCACUUAAAAGUAAAUAUAACUCCAAAACCUACGAAAAAUAUUGAUUAUAAUUCUGCUGGCCGAAUUCCAUGGCGUAGCUAUUUCAAACAGCACAUUUGACGUAAUUCUAUGUUAAGAUUCAAAAUGCCCGGUUGAUGAAAAAUUUGAAGCCAUGAAACUACCAUUUAACGGGGUGAUAUCAACAGUUCUUAAACCACAUAUGGUAACAACUAGGAAUUUUUGUCAGCAUCCCGCGUUCAUGGGCUGCAUAUAUUAUAUUUAUUUCUAUGGAAUUCUUGGUUUUGUAUUAAGUUUACACCAUCUGAGACUGCAUCUCGGAGAAAUCCCGAUGAAGACAGCAGACAUUGCCGACUGUGACUGUGACCAUUUCAUGCUUGUUCAUGAUUUGAAGAUCAUAGCUGCUUCUAUGGGAUUAGUUCAAUACUCUUGUAUGUUUAUAGGCUGUUUUACGGAAAAUCCAGCGUUAUUUUUGCCACAUAUAGCAGGACAAGCUUUUCUGGUCACCAUAGAGUUAGUAAAUGUCUUUCUCAUAAUAGCACAGCUGAACGUCAAGUCGCUGUGCCAACUCAAGCGCAGGGUUCCUGCCUUAAUACUGAUGACAUUCAACUGGCUUCAAGAAUUCUGUGUUUUCCGCAGGUUUUUAUGCAUAUGUGAUUUGUAA